GCAUUUGUCCUUGACCUUGUAUACUACAGCUGGCGUUAAACUCCUAUAGGCUAUAAGCGCGUCGUUCGACGCUUAAUUUAUGUUAACCAAUUACCUGGAUUAUGCCUCGCUCCAAGAAAAUAAAUCGCCCUGAAAAGUUUGCAAUUUUCUUUUCUUGAAACAUCGUUUUAUAAGAGAUCGCAUAACGCCUCAUUAAUGUGCUCUCAUUAGUUACUAUCGAAUUCUAAGGAAGUUAACUUAAUAAGUUGAUCAUUUUCUCUACUAUUAGAGAAGCUAUGGAGAUGAAUCGGAAGGGUAGAAAACGUCGGGUAUCCUCCAAUUCUGAAGAGGAAGAAGACGCAAAGAGGUUGACUCGAAAGGAGAAUGAGAAACAACGCCGAGACAAGCUAAACUAUUUUAUAAGUGAAUUGGCUAAUCAACUACCAGUUGUGGAAAGAUCUAACAGAAGAUUGGAUAAAACAUCAAUUUUACGAUUGGCCGUUAAUUAUUUAAAAGUUCAUCAAGAUUUACUGAAAAGAUGCAAAGACUUAAACCGCUGGCCAAGUUUUCCAAGAAAUCAGAAUUUAACUGAUAUCCUUCUGGAAAAUUUUAAUGGUUUCAUUUUAGCAUGUGACGAAAAGAGCGAGAUCGUUUUCUCUUCUGAUACUAUUACGAAUGUUUUGGGUUACAAAUUGGCUGACAUCCUUGGAUGCCCUCUCCUUAAUUUUGUACACCCUGCUGACCAUUCAAAAUUUGUCAGGGCUUUUGAAGAAGUAACUGAUGAAAAACAACGAAACUUUGAUGUUCGGUUGGCUAGAAACGACAAUAAUGGAUAUGUUCGAUUAGAAUUUUUUUCUUUCUUGGACGCCAGAGAAAAUCAUAAAACUUAUUUGAUAAGCUUUUGCCGUUUGGCAGGAGAUGAACCAACGACCGAGUUAUUACCGAUUGCCGAUGAAUCUAAUCAAUGGGUGACUCAGCAUUCAAUGGACGGAAAGAUUAUCUUUAGCGAUCCUAAGGGUUGCCUCAUAACAGGCUUCUUCCCGUCCGAAUCGAUUGGUUUCUCAGCUUACGCUCUGGUUCAUCCUGAUGAUAUUGGACCUAUUGUUUUAAAACAUAAUAUUUUUCUGACCACUGGAGAUAUACCAAACACCUGUUUUCGGAUGUUCACCAAAACUAGACAACAGAUUUAUAUUAAAAAUAGAUCUCACAUGGUUGUCGACAUGUGGACGUCCAAACCUAGACACAUAAUCUCCGUCAACGAAGUAGUUGACAAAGAGGAAGGUGAAAAGUUGUUAAAAGAACAAAGCCUCUUAGUUUCCAAAUACAGCGAUAACGGGCUGCAAUUGGAGGACAUUACGGAACGAAUAGCUACUAUUGAGGUUUCGGAUCCAGAACCGGAAAUCGAUAUGGAAUCAGAAAAUGACAAGGUUAAGGUGGUUGUUGGUGAGACUAAAUAUAAAAUCGAUUUGACUAGACAAGAACUAUUUCCAAGAAAAGGAUAUAACGUAAGCCGAAAAACUGUUGUUGAUACCGGGCAAUAUAGUAUUCAAAAGGAUGUACCCUUCGUAAAACCGUGUUUCGACUCUUUGGUGAAAAGAACACUAUCAGAUUGCGGCUGUAAUAAUGAAAAAGCUGUGGAAAUAAUUAAGGGACCAGCAUCAGCCCCACCAAAUAUACCUGAAGAUAUUAAUGAUAUGGAUAUUCAAUCAUCCCCUCCUGGCUCUGACAGUGAACUAUUAAGACAAAUCUGUCAAGAGAUUUCAGUUCCAUGUAUAACAAUAGAUUGUCUAUCAGAAAAGGAUAAGAUGCGACUGGACGUUUGUUCUAAAUUGGUACGAAAAUUAACAGAAAUAUCGGAAGUUAUAAGAUCAAAAGAAACCUGUGCAGCCAAUUUAAGAACCGAAUUACUGAGGGGUCAACAAUCGCAAAACUUUGAGCUGGUUCAAAGAUUAAGUAUAACCGCCAAACAGAUGACCGGUAUUCAUCAGAUAUUAAAGAAAACGAAGCAAAUGCUUAAAGAAAAGUUAAAUCAGCAGUUAAACCUAUUAAUUACUAGUAUAAAGUCAUUUGCAAAAGAUAAAUAUUCAAAUUUGGAUGAUUUGGAUACAAUUCUACAAAAUUUGGAAACUGACUUUCCUAGCUUAGAUGCCGAAUAUACCUCUGUAGAUUUGCUGGACAUCGAUUUGGACUGUGAUGCUCUAUAGAGAUUCUAGUGAUAUAUAAUUAUUCAUUAUUCAUAAGUCUACAGAUAACAGUAAUUCUAAAGAAACAAUGCGAUAGAAAACUGUACUGAAAAGGACUGAACAUCAAAAGUUUAUGCCCAUAAAAAGAAUCAUGCUUCCAGCUGAUAUAUAUAUAUAUAUGUAAAUUUGGUGUUGAAACUUCUAGAGAAAUUUUAUGGAGCAAAAAAAAGAGAACGUCCUACUACUUUCAGUCAAGUUUUCCGCAAUCGCUAUUUUUUUGAAUACGUUUUACAUUUUAUUAUUUUCAGAAUGUUACUAACUACUUUAUACUUCAUAUGCAAAAUUUUAAGAUAACGUAACAAAUUCACACUGCGCUCUCUAAUUUCACUGGCCCCCUCUCUCCCUCUCUCUCUCUCUCUCUCUCUCUCCUUUAAGCGCGCACAUUGUUUGUUGAUUGUAUUAUAUUUCAAUAAUUGUUUUCCUUUUAAUGCAUUUCAUAUGUAAUUCUAUUUUUUUUCUAGCAACCACAUUUGAUAUUUCAAAUUUAGAGACGGUAUAAGGUAGCUCAGCUUGUAUAUAAUGCUUUAAAAGAUGUAUAACAUAUAGUAUAUGAUUUUAGUGUGGAAAAUAUGAUAAAAUUUUAAGUUAUCAACUUUCUUUUCUUUACCGGCUACUUGCCCAAUUUUUUUAUAUUACUCAAGCAAAAACAAAGCACCUAAAUAUUUUUAUCUGUCAUUGUCGAAGAGAGAGGCCUUUUUAUAUUUUUAUUACAAAAAUCUAUUUGCUAAAGGUUCUAUCUGUUAAAUAACUUUACAUUGAAAAAAAAAGUAUUAAAAAAGCUUCUAAUCUUGCACUUGACAUAUUGGGCUUGCUAUUUCAUUUUAUGAGUGACGGUAUCUUUAAUUCGUCGAAUGUUUUGUGUACAUUUGUAUCUAAGUAUUAAUUUGUCUGCAGUGUUUAACUUUCGAUAAUAAGUUUGAAUAUAAAAUAUGUUAAUACCAACAUAGAUAUGCAUUAAUGUAAGAAACAAAAAUCUAUACCAGUUAUACAUCAUUAAUAUCUAUCUUCUCUAUCUUUUUAUUCCUUUUAUUUCUGUUAUUAUCUUUCCAUAUUUCGUGCAAAUACACAUAAAAGAUUUUUUAUUAUUCACCAUAUCAUUUCUACAAACAAUAAUUUUUCAAAGCUAUUAAUGAAUAGGCCAAGCUCUAUCAAUUGUACGAAAUCUCUUCCGAUAUGUAUUUAUAUACACUUAUAAUUCAAACGAAGAUAUAAAUAAAUAUAGAUUUCCAGUAUUUCUUAAUAUCUAUAUCUAUAUCUUCUAUUUUAUUGCUAUUGUUAUUUUUAUUUAUACACUUCAGUACUUUGGUAAGAAUUGGUAUUUUGCAAAAGAAAUAGUGUAUAUCAUUGAUAGUUGAAAUAUUCAUUAUUACAUCAUUAUAUGUUAUCUCGUUAGAGGGUGUAUAAUCACUUAAUCACUCUAUUCUAUUUUUCUUUUCCUUUAUUUUUCUAGGUAAUCUAAAAUAUACUCUUUUUUUAACUUCGAUUUUGUACGUAAAGCAAUCAAAGUAGGCCAAAAUAGAAUAAAUAUUAUCGAUAUUUUUUCUUGGGAUCUCAACCACACAUAGUUUUUUCUUCUUAAAUUUUGUCCCUGCAUUAUUGAUUUAUUGAACUUUGAAGUUUAUAGACCUGGAUAUAUUUGCAUUUUCAACUUUCCACGCAUAUUAUACAGA